AUGACAACAAUCAAGCCAUUCCAGUUGGAGGAUCUUCUCACUGCUAACCCGGUAAACCUCGACCCACUUACCGAAAACUUUAAUAUUUCAUUCUACUCAAACUAUUUAACAACUUGGCCCCAAUUAUUUUACAAAGCAGUAGAGCACCCCAGUGCUGAAAUGAGUGGGUAUAUGAUGGCGAAAACAGAGGGUCAACUUGCAAAACUCGAGUACCAUACUCAUAUUACGGCUGUGACCGUUAGUCCACAGUACCGUCGAAUAUCGCUUGCCUCCAAGCUAUGCCUCGCGCUAGAGCAAAUUUCUGAUGUUCAGCAGACUUUGUUUAUAGACUUGUUUGUUAAAGUGACAAACGCAUUGGGGAGGAAAUUGUACGAGAAAUUGGGCUACUGCGUUUAUAGGCGGGUUGUUGGGUACUACGGGAGACUGAUGCCGGAAGAUAGAAACAAAAUCGAUGAUGAUAUAGAUGCUUUUGAUAUGAGAAAAGCAUUGCCUCGAGACUCAGAGGGUAAAACAGUUAGAGAAAAGGGAGAGUUGGUCUAUGUCCUACCGAACGAAGUAGUAUUCUAA